AUUUCCCAAUCUCUCUCAUUUAUCUCCCACUCAUCGGAGAGCGAAGGGACGAUCUCCACAGUUUGGUUUCACUUUUCUCGAAAUUCCCAUUUUGCCCCUCGCCGGAGAAAAUGAUCACCGGCCACGAUCUCUACGUCGUCCUCACGGCGGUUGUCCCACUCUACGUGGCAAUGUUCCUGGCCUACGGCUCCGUCCGGUGGUGGAAGAUCUUCACCCCCGACCAGUGCUCCGGCAUCAACCGGUUCGUCGCCAUCUUCGCCGUCCCUCUCCUCUCCUUCCACUUCAUCUCCUCCAAUAACCCCUACGCCAUGAACUUCCGGUUCAUCGCCGCCGACAGCCUGCAGAAGACGAUCAUGCUGGUGGUGCUCUGCCUCUGGGCGAAUCUCACAAGAAAUGGCAGCCUCGAAUGGAGCAUCACCAUUUUCUCCCUCUCCACUCUCCCCAAUACUCUGGUCAUGGGGAUUCCCCUGCUGAUCGCCAUGUACGGCGAGUACUCCGGCAGCCUGAUGGUCCAGGUGGUGGUGCUGCAGUGCAUCAUCUGGUAUACUCUGCUUCUGUUCUUGUUCGAAUACCGCGGUGCCAAGAUGCUGAUAAUGGAGCAAUUCCCGGAAACCGCCGCGGAUAUUGUGUCCUUUAAGGUGGAAUCCGAUGUGGUUUCCUUGGACGGGCAGGAUUUUCUUGAGACCGACGCGGAAAUUGGGAACGACGGGAAGCUCCAUGUGACGGUGAGGAGGUCCAAUGCUUCGCGGCGGUCCUUCGCGAUGACGCCGCGGCCGUCGAACCUCACCGGCGCCGAGAUCUACAGCCUGAGCUCGUCGAGGAACCAGACGCCGAGAGGGUCGAAUUUCAACCACUCCGAUUUCUACUCCAUGAUGGGCUUUCCGGGGAGGCUGUCGAACUUCGGGCCGGCGGAGACGACUCCCCGGGCGUCGAAUUUCGAGGAGCAUUGUGCUCCGGGAGGGCUGAUGAACUCUCCCAGAUUCGGGUUUUACCCGGCCCAAUCCGCACCGGCUUCGUACCCGGCGCCGAACCCGGAAAUAGCUUCUGUGGGGAUAAAGAGCAACCAGAAGCAGACGCCGGCGCAGCCGCAGCAGCCUCUGCCGCCGCCGCCGCCGUCGCAACAGGGCGGCAAGGCGAACCACGACGCCAAAGAGCUCCACAUGUUCGUCUGGAGCUCCAGCACGUCGCCGGUGUCGGAGGCGGCCGGCCUCCACGCGUUCAACGACCAGUCAAGCCGGUCGGACGGCGCCAAGGAAAUCAGAAUGCUUGUCUCCGAUCACCCUCAGAACGGCGAUGCCAAAAAAGCAGGGGACACGGAGGACUUCAGCUUCGCUGGAAGCGGUGGGGAAGAAGGGAGGAAGGAGAUGGAGGCGGGGGGGCCCACGGGAUUAUCGAAGCUGGGGACCGCCGCGGCCGACAUGAUCCACAACCAAAAGGCAGCCGGAAACAACGACGGCGGCGCCGGAAAACAGAUGCCGCCGGCGAGCGUGAUGACGCGCCUUAUCUUGAUCAUGGUUUGGCGGAAGCUUAUCCGUAACCCCAACACCUAUUCCAGCCUCAUCGGCCUCGUUUGGUCUCUUGUCGCCUUCCGGUGGCAUGUGGAAAUGCCUAAAAUCAUAGACAAGUCAAUCGCAAUCUUAUCAAAUGCCGGACUUGGAAUGGCCAUGUUUAGCUUAGGGUUAUUUAUGGCACUUCAACCGAAGAUAAUAGCAUGUGGGAACACGGUGGCGGUGUUCGCGAUGGCGGUCCGGUUCCUGACGGGGCCGGCAGUUAUGGCGGCAGCUUCCAUUGCAGUUGGGCUUCGUGGUACCCUCCUCCGUGUCGCCAUUGUCCAGGCGGCAUUGCCACAAGGGAUUGUCCCCUUUGUGUUUGCUAAAGAAUACAAUGUCCAUCCAGCUAUCCUCAGCACCGGGGUUAUUUUUGGAAUGUUAAUCGCGCUACCCAUCACGCUAGUGUACUACAUUAUCCUCGGGCUAUAGACAACCGAGUAGUCGGAUCGGGACGGGACGAGACAUGUUCAUUGUAAUGUCAAAAAUGGAGAUUUGAUUGGAAACAAGAACUACAAGAAGCUUCAUUGUGAAAAGGCUGUGUUUGGGAGAAACAACAAAAGGGUUUUUUUAUUAAUAAAAAAAAGAAGGAUUAGUGCUAGUAAUGAAUUAGACAAUUAGUACAAGUAUGGAUGUAAAUUCUCCCAAACCCAUGAAGAUAUUUUGACUUAUUUAGUUGAAGGGGUUCAAUGGCCGUGAUUAGAGGGUUAUUGUCCCAUAAUUUUCACAAUGGGAGGCAAGCCAAACAAGGAAUAGUCCUAUGGAGAGGAGGCAAGAAAAAGAGCAAAAAAACAAGGAUGCAAAAAAAAAGUGUGAUAAUCUACAUCUAUUAUUACCAUGUAUGGUUAUUAUGUUCUCUUUUUCUUUUCUUUUUUCUUUUCCCCCCUUUUCUAGUAGUCACCACUAGCUAUUGUAAAGGGUCCAUUUUGAGAGAAAAUAAGAACAUGUUUGCUAGUUGAAAUUCUAAAUGAAAUUUGUUUUUGACAUUUUUUUGUAUUUGAUUGGUGGCAUAUGAUGAACCAUCCAACUGUCUUUCGGAACAACUUUUUAAUUGG